GCCUAGCACACAACCGCCAAGUCUGAUUUCAAAACUGUCAGUAAGAUUGUCAUUUUUAUGUUAACUAGUGACUCUGGAAACAGUAACUGGCGGAAUCGGACAGCAGAAAACAGAGGGCAGACGACUAUCUCAUAAAACAGGCUAACUUUCUUUUGGAGUGAUCAUCAUGGCUGACGAUACUGAAUGGUUGAAGUUGCCCACUGAUGACAAGUGUGUGCAUAAGGCAUGGAAGGCCCGAGUGGCUGGUUAUGAAGAAGCCACCAAACUGUUCCAAACCCAGACAGAUGAGAAGAGCCCAGAGUUCUCCAAAUACCUGGGCUUGGUGAAGAAGUUUGUCAUAGAUAACAAUGCCAUUGCACAAGAGAAGGCCUUGGAUGCUGUGCUUGCCUUUGUGGAGAAUGCAGGCCAUGCUGGGAAAACUUGCGGUGAAGUUGUGAGUGGUGUCGUAACAAAAUGUUUGAACUCCAGCCGAACCAAGACGAGAGAAAAAGGCCUGGAGAUUAUCAUGUUAUACAUAGAAAUAGACAAACCAGAGCCAGUUCAGGAAGAGCUACUGAAGGGCUUGGAGAAUAAACAACCAAAGAUAGUCAGGUGCAUCCAGGCUCUGCGAGAGGCUUUAGCAGGAUUUGGCACAAAAGUGAUCAAAGUGAAACCAAUCGUUAAGGUUCUGCCCAAGCUGCUUGAGGACAGGGACAAAAAUGUGAGAGAGGAGACAAAGUUAUUGAUCAUUGAGAUCUACCGGUGGAUCGGUGCUGCCAUCAAGCCACAGAUGACUCAUUAUAAACCAGUACAGGUUCAGGAGCUGGAGGUGGAGUUUGAGAAGCUGGGUAAUGAGCGUGCUGUACAGACGAGGUUCAUGAGGUCUCAGCAGGACCUGAGGGCCCAGAUGGAGGAGAAGGCGGCCGCUGCCACUGUGGACGGGGCAGGGGAUGCAGAUGGAGGAUCAGCACCUGUAGAAGAUGUGGACCCCUAUGAACUGAUGGACCCUGUGGAUAUUCUGUCCUUACUGCCCAAGGAUUUCUAUGAGAAAAUUGAGGCGAAAAAGUGGCAAGAAAGACGAGAGGCAUUGGAAUCCCUUCAGAAGUUAGCAGAAACCCCAAAGUUACAGAGUGGGGAGUACGGGGCGUUGGUCAGAGUUGUGCUGAAGGUUAUUGCCAAGGACUCCAAUGUAAUGCUUGUCACAUUGGCAGCUAAAUGCCUGGCUGGUAUUGCUUUGGGCCUACGAAAAAGGUUCUCUCAGUUUGCCACCAAUAGUAUACAAACAAUCUUAGAGAAGUUCAAGGAGAAGAAGGCCACUGUUGUUGCAGUACUGCGAGAAGCAAUAGAUGCUUGUUAUGUGGCGACCACACUGGAACCUAUCUGUGAAGACAUCCUGGAAGCUCUGGGAAAUAAGAACCCAGCCAUCAAAGCAGAGACAUCACUGUUUUUGUCUCGCUGCUUUGCCAAGGCAACCACAGCUACACUUCCAAAAAAACUACUGAAAGCUUUUUGCGCUGAGCUUUGUAAGAAAAUUAACGACACUGCACCAGAAGUAAGAGAAGCGGCCUACGCAGCAUUAGGUACAGCCAUGAAGGUAGUGGGAGAGAAACCCCUGACCCCAUUCCUGGCAGAUGUGGACGGUAUUAAACUUGGAAAGAUCAAAGAACAGUGUGAGAAUGCAGUACUUCUGAAUGCUCGAGGAGAACCGCGAGGUGGUGCAGCUGCUGCUCCGGCUGCUAAACCUGCUGUACCUGCAAAGGAACCACCCCAAGCCAAAGUUGCUCAAAAACCACCAUCCAAAGCCUCAUCUGUGAAGUCUACAAAGUCUUCAAACAGUAAGGGAGGCGUUGCCGGGGCUGCAAAGAAAAAAGGUAAAAAAGACAAAAAGGAUGCUGGAGAAGAGGUGCAGGAAAACAUACUUGCUGAUGAUGUGGUAGAGGACAAAGCAGCUGCUCUGUUACCUGCUGAGACCAUCACACAACUCGUCAGCAACAACUGGAAGGAGAGACUGGCUGCCAUGGAGAAAUUCACACAGGUUGUGAAGGGAAUGAGUCGGGAUGAGAUUCCUGCACAGGUGUGUGUCCGUACAGUCUGUAAAAAACCUGGACUCAAGGACACCAAUUUCCAGGUGUUAAAAAUAAAGUUAGAGUUGCUUGCCUUCCUGGCUAAGAACUCUGCCUUCUCCAGACGCUGUGCCUCUUUCUGCCUGGCAGAGUUAGUGGAUAAGGCGGGGGAUGUGAAGAAUGGAAAGGUAGCUCAGGAAGCCCUCAGUUGUAUAGCAGAGGCUACAUCACUGGAAUUUGUGGCUGCUGAGGUGAUCCAUCUAGCGUUUGAGCAGAAGAACCCUAAGAAUCAGGCUGAAUGCCUUAACUGGCUUGCAACUGCCCUCAAGGAGUUCGGAUUCAAAAUUUCAGUGAAACCCAUGAUAGAGAACAUUAAGAAAGCCUUUGGAGCAACAAAUCCUGCGGUAAGAGCAGCUGCCUUGAACCUGCUCUCCACCCUCUACCUGUAUAUGGGUGCCACCCUCAGGGUUUUCUUUGACGGGGAGAAGGCGGCUCUUCUACAGCAGAUUGACGCAGAAUUUGAGAAGCUGAAGGGAGAGAAACCCCCCGAGCCUGUGCGGGGCUUGACCCCUAAAGGAGGAGGGGGCGGGGCUGAGGAAGAAGACGAUGAGGAAGAGGAGCAGGAAGCCCCCAGCAUGGCAGAUCUCAUCCCUAGGACAGAUAUCAGUGAUAAGAUCACAGAGGAGCUGCUGACAGAGAUGAGUGACAAGGCCUGGAAAAUCCGAGCUGAGGGGCUACAGAAGGUGGUCUCCAUCCUCAAUGAAGCCAAGUUUGUGUCAGCGAACAUUGGGCAGUUACCUGAGGCGCUGAAAACAAGGCUGGGUGACUCCAACAAAAUACUGGUGAACACAACCCUGGGCAUCUGUCAGAGCCUUGGCACAGCUCUAGGACCCCACUGUAAGGGCCACAUCAGGGUGGUGGGACCAGGGAUGGUCACCUGUAUGGGAGACAGCAAGCCUCAAGUUCGUGCCAGUGCACUGAACGCAAUGAACAUCUGGGCAGAAAACUCCACACUGUUGCCAUUUGUUGAAGCGGAAGUUUUCAGUGAUGCCUUGAAGUUGGAAAAUCCAACAUUACGAACAGAGUUACUUGGCUGGCUGGCUGAGAAGUUGCCGCCCCACAAACAGUUACCUGUGGAGCUGAGGGCGUGUGUGCCCCAUGUGCUGGCAUGCCUGGAGGACAGGAAUGGAGAGGUGAGGAAGAAGGCUCAGGAGAGUCUGGUGCCAUUCAUGAUCCACACUGGCUAUGACAGCUUCCAGAAGGCCACCAGCAAGCUCAAGCCUGCUUCUAAAGACCAAAUCAUGGGUAUAAUAGAGAAAGCCCGUGCUAAUGUCCCUGCCAAGCCAGCCAAGAAAGCUGCUAAAAAGCCAGCUCCAGUUGCAGCAGCCCUGCCCCCCAAACAGGAAGUGAGGGACGAGGAUGAUGAGGAAGUGGAGAGUAUCAUCUCUGCUGCCUGUAAAUCCACCCCGGCCGCAAAGGGCAAAUCUAAGGGGGGAGUCUCAAAGGCAAAGGCCCCACCCCCCAGCAGUAAAAAGAAGAAGGAGGAAGAAGAUUCAACACCAGCCAUUAUUACAAAUGUGUCGAAAGAACAGAGGCUUAAAGAAGAAAAGGCCCUUAAGACUCUUAAGUGGAAUUUCAGUGAACCUCGUGCUGAGUUCUUGGAACAGCUCAAGUUACAGAUGGAACGUAACUUCAACAAAGCUGUAAUGGCUCAACUGUUCCAUGCUGACUUCAAACAGCAUAUCAAGGCCAUAGAAUCCCUGAUGAAGCUUCUAGAGAAUAACCUGGAAGGGACAGCAGCCAAUCUGGACCUCCUGCUGCGCUGGAUGACCUUGAGAUUUUUCGAUACAAACCCGAGCAUGUUGAACAAAGCUCUGGAGUAUCUGAUCAACUUGUUCACAGCCCUGGCUGAGAUGGACUACCGCAUGACCGACUCGGAGGCUGGAUCAUUUAUACCCUACCUAGUCAACAAAGUAGGAGAUCCUAAAGACAAUGUCAGACGAGAAGUGAGGACAAUCUUCAAACUGAUCUGUAAAGUUUACCCAGCCAGCAAAAUGUUCAGCUUUAUCAUAGAUGGUCUUAAAGCCAAGAAUGCCAAGUUACGAACAGAAUGCUUGGAAGAGCUGGGAUGUCUGAUUGAGUAUUACGGAGUGAAUGUGUGUCAGCCGUCCCCAGCCCAGGCCCUGAAGCUUAUCGCUCAGCAGAUUGGGGACCGGGAUAACUGUGUGAGGUCGGCCGCGCUUAACUCCCUUGUGUCGGCACAUCAUAUCCUGGGUGAACAGACGUACAAGUAUAUCGGGCGUUUGAAGGAUAAAGACCAGAGUUUGUUGGAGGAGAGAAUAAAGAGAUCAGCCAAGAACAAGCCUCCCCAAACCCCACAGCCUACUCAUCCCUCAAAGAGUAACCGAGACAGGCCGAAGAAUGGCGCACCUCCCACAGACAAGGGGGACAGUGCCACUGUUCGAAACCCCAAGUCAGCGCCGACGCCCAGUCGGCCCAUCAAGAAGAUCGAGUUCUCUCUUGAGGUGGAGGAGGUGGACUUGAAGGAGGUGGAUCUCAAUCUUGCAGACCUUGACUACAUUAGUAAUAUUCUGGCGGAAAAGGUGGAACUGCCAAAAACAAACACGCCCCGACCUUGUUCACCAUCCACAUUUGUUGAUCUCUUGACAAAUGAUGCUUCCUCGGCUAUUGGUCUUGUGAUUUCUGACAUAGCCAGCACAGAUACUUUGUCAUCAAUUCAAGCCCUGGCGCAGAUAAAUGAAGUGUUGAAGGACAAGGAGAAACGAGAGCUGAUGGUGAACCACAUAGACAAACUGUUGCUGACGUUAUCCAUGCAGCUCAAGAUGGUCUACUCCAAACACAUGGCUGACGAGAUGACACUCCAGGAGGAUGUGAUGAAACUCUACCGUUGCCUGCUGGGAACUGUUCUAGAUGUCUUUCAACACAAGAACCUAGGGAGACAAGCUUCCAGGGAUAUCCUCAAAGAUCUGCUGAGUAAUUUGGUGACCAACCUUCUGGUCAAGAGAUUAGAAACACUUAAAGAUGGUCCCCAAGUCAUCAAGACUGUCCAUGUGGCGAUCGUCAAGAUGGUGAGAAAUAGUGAUCCGACCAUAAUUAUAGGAACUGUGAUAAAACUUUUACAUGAGUGUUUGGGGAGUGAGACCUGUUCUACUAGGUUCAUAGAUAUCGUAACCAAGUGUUUAUGGAAAGUAAUCAGACUGAUGCCAGAGUUUAUUGCGGAGAUUAACCUGGAUCGUUUGUUGCUGGAUGCUCAUACCUUCCUCAAAGCCUACCCGUCUAGUUACUGGAAGGAAAGGUCGUCUGAUAUACAGUACAGGACAGUGAAAACCAUCAUCCAUACGACCUACACUCUUGUAGGCAGUAAGCUGUUGGACCACACUAGUCUCAUAGGACAGGGCGAUUCUGAGGUGAUCACUUACAUCAAGAGCUUGGCUAACAGGAAUGAUGUCCGUGUAGUCUCCAAUACCUCCCAGAAUGACUCGAUGAAUGCGUCUGUGGAGAACAUGUCAACCUCUAAACAGGGGCAGAGUUCCAGAAAAGUUUUGGAGAGUAACAAUGAAAUUUUGCUUGAAAGCUUAAGCAAGAUUAGCUCAGAGGAGAAAAGUGAAGAGGGACUCAACGACCUCUAUGAUUUCAUGAAGAAACACCCAGAGGUUGACCUGGACUCAUUUCUUCAGAAAUACUCGCAGUCUUUCCAGCUUCAUGUACAGAAAGGCCUGAAGGUUUUAGAGCAGGAUAAAGAAGUUAAACACAAUACAGGAAGUAAAGUGUUAAGAGAUUCGAGCCCAAAUCCUGUGUGUGACUCAAGGGUGAUUAGCGGUGAGAAUGUGCUGAUGAAUUCGUCUGUAGAGAAUGUGGUAGGAGAUUCCAAUUGGCUGCCUAUCAGUGACUCUGCAAUAAAAACAGCAAUUUCUUACCGUGAGAAAUUAUGUCAGCUGCGAACCCAGCGUGGCCAGGGUCAGGCCUGUGAGGGACUAGAUGCCCUUAUAGAAUUCAAAAAUAAAAGAGGUCAGGCUGACUUGGUCAGUUUUCUGAAAAAAUCUGCAGAGUCUUUUAGCCAUUACGUGGAGAGAGACCUGAAGGCGGUGCAGCAAGAAGGGGAGAGCAAACAUCGUCCUGGGAAUUUGUUGAAGGAUUCCAAUUCGCUGUCACUGAUUGACUCAGAGAAGAACACUGCAGUAUUUUUCCAAGAGAAAUUGCGGAACUUGCGAAACAAAUGUGGGCUGGACCAGAUGCACGAGCAGCAAGAAAACCAAGAACCUCAAGAGCCAUCUCCCAGCCUACCCAAAAAGACAAGCCCUGUGAAAAUUGUGCCUGUUGUAAAACCACCAGAGCCGAAACCUGAAGAAAGUGUGGGGAUUGUGGAGAGUGUGGGAAUGACUUCUGUCAACAUGCUUGCGCUGAAGAAGAGAUUAGACCGUAUCAAGAAAAUGGCUAAACAUUGAUCAAAAUACAAAGGAUCAGUAUCGUGUAAAUAUAAAGGAAAUGAACCAAGUUUGUGUCACUGGAAACAUUAGUGACUUGGGGAUUUUCAUUUUUAGGGUUAUGGUUGCAGGAAAUAUACUCUAAGUCCAAGAUUCUUCUAAAGCACAGGAUGUGAUUACACAAACUUUGGCAAUUGUCAACAGGACGUUAAUGCUUAUAUAUGAUUGGUGUGAAUAAGUGUUCUCCAGUGUGAAUACUUGUUGAAGCAGUAUUGAGGGAUGUGUGAAUGUCUUGCAAUUAUUGAUACUAUAGUAAUACCUAUUGUAUAUCGUGCUAGUUGGAAAAUAACAAAACACUUAUUGAUUUGGAUGUGUUUUCCUUACAAAAUACAGUAGAUCUUGUCUGGAAACUAUUUCUGAUUUGAAUGAUAAAGGAACGACAUGGUACUAAUGUGAAAAUGUGUGAAUUUGUACACUCAAAGAUAGGGUUAAAUGGUACCCUCCAAAAAAAUAUAUAAUCCAUCUUCAAUGUAUAUUUGCAUUUUAAUUUCUACUUUGUUGUCAAGCGCCAAAGUGAAAACCAUAAAUAUAUCUGUGUUUCCCAUUGCUUUGGAACCCUUUUACUUUGUGAUGUAUGUAUCUAUGUUUCGAAUAGGGAUUCAGAGAGAGUAUCCACACAUACAAAGCCAAGUUCAAAAUUAAGUUAGGGGAGACAACCCUUUGUAGAGAAGUAAAAGCUAUACGCAAAAGUGGUGCCUCUGCAGUUGUUGGUCAGAACAGACAGCUUGUUGAACAAUGAAUUAUGUUUGUGUUAGCCCUGUGAACAGCAGAAUUUUUGACCAGUAAGAGAGGCCUUUCAUGUCAUAAUAUAUGGUAAAUCAUUUUCAUUUGAAUCAACUAUUUAACAUCCACCAUAUGCCCUUGGAGAAUGUAUGUGCACUAAUUUUAACACCACACUGAAUUUGUAGUGAUGAUUAAGGUACUUGUUCAAAAGGGCAAAAUUUUUAAUGCACUUCAAUAUGUCUAGUCUAAUUGAACUUGAUCCACAUGAUGAAUCCACUGACCUCACCAGUACAUAUGAUGUGCUGCUACAAUGUACAUUUAUUCCCCAUUUAACACAACUACUGUGAUCCCUCAUAUACAAAAUAUUAAAAUCAUUUUUACAAAAAGUCUAGUUUUUAUGGUGAUAUGAACUGUAUAAUUGAUCAAAUCUGCUGGAUUAAUUUAUGUUGAGUGUAAAUUUGUGUCAUCAUUGGUGGGGGAAAAAAAAGGUAUUCAAAAGUGUGUAAACAUACUUCGAUAGUUCUGUAAAUUACAUUUCUGUCAAUAUGUGCUGAUCGAAAUAACAAUUUCAAUAGAAACCAAUUAGUGCUAUGAGCCGAGGAAGCUAGACUUCACUCUUAUCUUACAUGUACAUAUAUUUCAGCUAUAACAAGCUGUCUAUCGUUCUCCUUUAUGGGAAAUGACAGCUUUGUUGGUUGUUUCUGGAAACAUGUAAAUGCUGGAGUG